ACCAUUGCUCUACAACUCAGAACAGCACCUGCUGGGACCACCUUGAGAAGAGGAUGAUCCUAAACAGAGCUGGGAUCUGGGGGGCCCUCGCCCUAACCGCCAUCAUGAGUCGCUGUGGAGGUGAAGACAUUGUGGCUGACCACAUUGGCAGCUAUGGCGCAGAAUUCUACCAGUCCUAUGGUUCCUCUGGGCAGUACACCUUUGAGUUUGAUGGCGACGAGGAGUUCCACGUGGACUUGGAGAAGAAGGAGACUGUGUGGCGGCUGCCUGGGCUUAGCGCAUUUGGAGGGUUUGACCCACAGUUUGCACUGACAAACAUUGCUACAGAAAAACACGACAUGGACACCCUGCCUAAACUCUUCAACUUUACCUCUGCUGUCAAUGAGGUUCCUGAGGUGACCGUGUUCCCCAAGUCUCCCGUGAUGCUGGGUGAGCCCAACACCCUCAUCUGUGCCGUAGACAACAUCUUCCCUCCUGUGAUCAACAUCACAUGGCUGAGCAAUGGGCACGCAGUCACAGAGGGUGUUUUUGAAACCAGCUUCCUCACCAAAAGUGAUCAUUCCUUCCUCAAGUUCAGUUACCUCACCUUCCUCCCGUCCGCUGAGGACGUUUACGACUGCAAGGUGGAGCACUGGGGCCUGGACCAGCCGCUGCUGAAGCACUGGGAGCCCGAGAUUCCGGCCCCCACGUCAGAGCUGACGGAGACUGUGGUCUGCGCGCUGGGGCUGGCCGUGGGCCUCGUGGGCAUCGUGGUGGGCACCGUCCUCAUCACCCAGGGCCUGCGCCCAGGUGGCACCUCCAGACCCCAAGGGCCCUUGUAAGUCACACUCGGAAGGAAAGGUGCCCUGCCCACCCUCAAGAGCAGAAGCCUGGACGUGCGGUGACCUAGCACUAUCCGGUGGCCAAGUCCAUCACAUUCCUUCUCUCCUCCAGUGCCCCUCCUGUCAUCUCUUCUCUGGGACGUAAGGUGCUGUAUCGGCUCAGAGCUCACACACCCCUUGGGAUUCUCCCUCUCACCUCCUGAUACUUUUCCCCUCCUCCGUCCUUACCUACUAUGGAAAUUCCUGGGCCAGGCCAUAGCUACCUAAUUCCUUGUUACCCUAAUCUGCGGUCUCCAUGGAAACAA